CUCGUGUCUCAGGUCCAGGGAAUCGGGUGCGUGUGACGACCAGAAGGGAGUCUGACAAACGGGCCUAGCUCAGUUGGUACAACCGUGAACUGUUGAAAUUCAUACCUGCGUUCAAAUCCCAUGGAAUCAGUAGAGUGAAGUACCUCUGAAUGUAGCUGGGGGACAAGGGGGAAGCGACCAGCGGUGACACCUCGUUCGCGCUCAUGGUGUGAAGGCGUCAUCGAGGAAGGGGGAGGGCAUCUACGAGAAUGUCGGAAGCUGGGCUAUGGAAUGACCAGUACGUCGAUAGCAAUGGUGUGCAGAGAGAUGAUGACGUGGAGCGAUCUCGUACUACGUACUGAUGAUGCAGGACGAGACGACGAGCGGGGGGGUGUUGUCGAUCACAUGCAUAGUAAGCGGGAGAGGUGACGUGGCACGACCUCUUUCACUUGCAUGCCGUUGGGAGAGCAAAGGUGGAAGGCGCUGUCGAAAGUGGGUGAGAGCAGUGAUGAGCAUUCUGAGAAGCGGGGCCAUAAGAGAGGUGGCGGCCUUCCCGCUCUUCGAGCACUGGUAUGUGCGCUCAGAAAACGGCCACGGUUAGAACGGCGGAACUAUGGUGUGGAGGAGGAUGAAGACGUGGCAGGCUCUGAUACUUAACCGAUCACGCACGGUGAACAAGUAGACCGUCUCUGAUACUUAACUGAUAACGCACGGUGAACUAGUCUACGGUCUCUGAUACUUAACCGAUAACGCACGGUGGUGAACAAGUCUACCGUCUCUGAUACUUAACCGAUAACGCACGGUGAACAAGUCUACCGUCUUUCCCCGAAGAUAACGUACGGUCAUUAACGCGGUAUCUAGACUGGAAGUUGGUCAAAAUACAGGAAUAAUGAAGGUACGUUCUAUUCGGGGGAAGAUGGUAGGCUGAGCACUUCGUGCCUUCUACCGAUCGAGGAUAAUAUCGAAAAUACAGUCACCAGUAUGCGGGGGAAGACGGUACGUUCUAUUCGAGGGAAGAUGGUAGGCGCAUCUCAAUUUUUGUGUUUGGAUCCCACGUCCACUAGUAGAUAGUAGGGGGAGGGAGGUGAUGAUGUGGUGCGGCUUUGUCAGCUAUGAUGCAUGCACAGAUCGCCGAGAGAACGUCGAUGGCCGGUGGGUAGUCUGGACCCCCGAGAGGGAAAACUGUUUGGGAGAAAGAGGACGACGUGGCACUGUCAGUCAUUUGCAUUUGUGUCGUCUCGUAAGCACAAAUGCACAAAUUGCCUGACCGUGCGUUCGUGUUAUCUCACAAGCACAAAUGUGCAUUUGUGCGCAAAUGCGCAAAUGCAUAGCUUUAAAAAAAAAAAAAAGCACAAAUGCCUGACGGUGUGCCACGUCGUCCUCUUAUUCUCGCAGAUAGUAUGUGGCGCUAGUAUAACCCAAGACGCGAUAGAUCGCACUCCUCACAGUUAUUUUAGGAAAGUUGUUGCGAGCAGGAGACGACACAUACCAUCGGUCGUCUUCCCCUCACAGUCAUUUUAGGAAAUUUUCAAUGAAAGAUUCAUCGGAGCGGGAGUUUGGGUUGAUGGCACGUCGCGCUGUCGUUUUGUACUUCUCACAUUUGCACCUGUCUUGACAGGAGUUUUGGGGGGCGCGUUGACGUGGCGAGUUCCCCUGGGGCUUUCCUGUAGAACAGAGGAGGGGACGGGGGGGCUCGCACUUCAUCAUUCGUUGUAUUCAACACGAGAAUCUCCCCAUGCAUGAUGUGGCGCCACGUGGUUUCACAUAUGCUAUCGUCUGCGGCCCCCUGCUUACAAAAGUUGGGAUGAUGUGACAAGGUCUCGUGAAGUUGUUCUGUGUAUACUAUAUGUAUAUAUACCUGAUGAGCCGGUGAAAGUCGGACGAAACUGUUUGUCACCAGCCCCUCGUUUGUUGUCUUCUUCUCCCUCCCUCUCUGCCACCUACGGUUUACCGGGCAGCUCUGUUUGACGAUAUAUAUAUAUCAGCCUCCUGAUUCGUCGGUGAAACUCCGACGAAACAGUUUGUC